CUGACUUUUUGUAGUCUGUGGUACUUAUUUACUGCAUGAUAGAUUUUUAAUAAAAAAUCUUUAUGCGAUAAAAUAUAUUACUCUUUCAGAAUCAUUUGUAGAAAUUCUACAAGAUGAGUUUUUCUAGUGAUGAAGUGAAUUUUCUAGUAUACCGAUAUUUACAGGAGUCUGGAUUUCACCAUUCUGCUUAUACUUUUGGUAUAGAGUCUCACAUAUCUCAGAGUAAUAUAAACGGAGCAUUAGUGCCGCCGGCUGCCCUACUAAACAUACUUCAAAAAGGUUUACAAUAUACUGAAGCUGAAAUUACGAUUGGUGAAGAUGGUACAGAAACACGUCUCACUGAGAGCCUUAGUUUAAUAGAUGCUGUCACACCAGAUAUUGUGGCAGCUCGACAAAAUGCUCAUAAUGCUCAGAAGCAAGCUACUAAGACGGAACCAGGGUCAGGUGGUGAACAGAAUGGUGUAGAUGGUACAACUUGCACAACAGGCUCAACCACAGGGGGUGCUGCAACACCUAGUGCUCCAGAUAAUAUGGAUGUUGAUCAGUCUAUAGAAAUACCUGCAAGCAAAGCUACUGUACUCAGAGGUCAUGAGUCAGAAGUGUUCAUAUGUGCUUGGAACCCAAGUACAGACUUGUUGGCUAGUGGUUCUGGAGAUAGUACUGCAAGAAUAUGGGAUAUGUCCGACAAUCCAGCAACUACUCCAAAUCAAUUAGUACUUCGGCAUUGUAUACAAAAAGGUGGAACAGAAGUACCAAGUAAUAAAGAUGUUACAUCAUUAGAUUGGAAUUGUGAUGGCAAUCUCUUAGCAACAGGAUCAUAUGAUGGUUACGCGCGCAUUUGGACCACAGAUGGAACUUUAGCAUCUACAUUAGGGCAACACAAGGGACCAAUAUUUGCUUUGAAGUGGAAUAAAAGAGGAAAUUACAUAUUGAGUGCUGGGGUCGAUAAAACAACUAUUAUAUGGGAUGCUGCUACUGGUCAAUGCACGCAACAAUUCUCCUUUCAUUUGGCACCAGCACUCGAUGUUGACUGGCAGACAAAUACAUCAUUUGCAUCCUGCUCUACUGAUCAAUGCAUACAUGUAUGCAAGCUCAAUGCUGAUAAACCUAUUAAGAGUUUUCAGGGACACACUAAUGAAGUCAAUGCCAUUAAAUGGGAUCCACAGGGGCAAUUACUUGCCUCAUGUUCAGAUGAUAUGACACUGAAAAUUUGGUCAAUGAAACAAGAUACCUGUGUUCAUGACUUACAAGCUCAUUCAAAGGAAAUUUAUACCAUCAAGUGGUCUCCAACAGGUCCAGGAACACAAAAUCCAAAUAUGAACUUGAUUUUAGCUAGUGCUUCUUUUGAUUCCACUGUACGUCUAUGGGAUGUUGAAAGAGGUGUUUGUAUACACACAUUAACAAAACAUACAGAGCCUGUCUAUAGUGUUGCAUUCUCUCCAGAUGGUAAGUUUCUUGCCAGUGGUUCAUUUGACAAAUGUGUACACAUAUGGUCGACACAAACUGGUGGACUUGUACAUUCCUAUAAAGGCACAGGUGGCAUUUUUGAAGUAUGCUGGAAUUCACGCGGCACGAAAGUUGGCGCUAGUGCCAGUGAUGGUAGUGUAUUUGUUUUGGAUUUACGUAAAUUAUAAGAUAAAAAGUGAAACUUUAAUAAUAUAUUGCAAGGCUGAUUUCAAGGACUCAGAUGAAUGUAGAUGACUACAUUUAUACUUAUAUGCCUAACAAUAUAGCAGUUUUACUGAUACUUAUGAUUAAUGUGUAUAAAGACUUGUUUUUGUAAAUCCAAAUAUUACAAUAAUUUAUGCAGUUCUAACACAGUGCUUAAAGUUGUGUGUACAGGAACAAGUCUCUUGACAAUAAUUAUACAUUUAAGCACUUCAAAAAUGCAAAGAUUGAAAUUGCUUGACAGAUACAGUAAUUCAGUAUGUAUUGUUCUGACAAGGAAAUUGAACAUUUUGAGAAAUAAAAACGAAAAAAUAAGUUAUGGAAGGCUCAAUAUUUCUCUAACCUCGUUUUCUAUUUCAUUGGUAGAGUGUUAUAAUAAAAGGAUGUUGAUAAUUUCAAUUUCACCUUUAAUGUAAUCAUGAAUCGAUUACGUAGAAAUUUAUUAGAAUAAACUGUACUUACAUGCUUUGGUAGGUACAUCAUACAAUUACUACAUGAUUCUUGUGAAGAAAUUUGUAUCCAUAGGUAGUAUGGGUAUGUCCAUGAUAUAAAAAUAAUUAUCCGGCCCUUACGUUGAAUGUAUGUUCGUGUAGAAUCUUAAUGUGAAUUAUCCCACUAAUAUUUUUAUUUAUGAAAGUUUUUUUAAUUAAAUUUAGCAACCUUCAAGGAAAAGAAGGAUUUUUUGUUGGAGCAAAUAUAAAAGUAAAUUAAGAUAAUAAAAAAAAACUAAAUGUUUCAUCUAUUUUAGAAAUAAAGCUGUAAAAGCGGAGAAUUAGAAUAAUUGCUAUUUUUUAUGGACAAAAAUAGAAAUGAAAACCGCUUACGCUAUCAAUGGAAUGAUAUAUGAGGACGAAGUUAGGUCAGUUGGUACACUAGGAAAUUAAGAGGGAGACUUUGUACAAAAGUCGAUUGCUUGGGUACCUCUGUCCCAUUCGUGUUUCAACCGUGAAGCAGUUGUGUUUGCAUGGCUGUGUUUCGGUUUGAAGGGUGGGAUAUGGCGUGAAUUUAC